AUGAUCAAUGCUCUGUUCAUCUUCAACCAAAAGGGAGACGUCAUAAUAUCCAGACUGUUCAAGGACGGUGUCAAGAGAAACAUCAGCGACAUCUUUAGAAUCCAAGUCAUUUCCAACCUCGACCUGAGAUCUCCAUUAUUAACUCUAGGGUCAACUACUUUCCUUCAUAUAAAACACAGUGACUUAUGGAUAGUGGCUGUGACAAGAUCAAACACUGAUGCUUCCGUUAUCUUUGAAUUCUUGUACAAAUUCCAAAGUUUACUUGUUCAAUAUUUUGGUGAUUUAACAGAUGAGGUUAUAAAGGACAAUUUCAGUAAAAUUUACGACUUACUAGAUGAGAUAUUAGAAUUUGGAUAUCCUCAACCGAUGGAUUUCAACAACUUGAAGCAAAUAAUUCCACCUCCAAAAGAUAUUGUUCAUUCAGGCUUAAGACCAAUUUUAAAUUCAAAUAAAAGCAGUUCCAAAGUUAAUUCACAUAGAGAAUUAUCAACAGAUAUUCCAUGGAGGAAAUCAGACAUUAAAUAUAGAAGAAAUGAAAUAUUCCUUGAUGUCUUUGAAAACAUUAAUGUUUUAAUUUCAAAAGAUGGACGUAUUAUAAAAUCUUAUAUUGAUGGUCAUAUUGAUAUGAAGACUCAUUUAUCAGGAAUGCCAGUAUGUAAAUUUGGUUUGAAUGAUGCAUUAUCAUUGGGAGAAGAUGAUGAAUCUAAUGGUGAUUUUUUGGCACAAUAUGAUGUUAAAAAUAAAAAAGCUAUACCAAAAGCAGCUGCAGGUAGUGUGAUAUUAGAAGAUUGUAAAUUCCAUCAAUGUGUUCAAUUGGAUAAAUUUGAUACUGAUAGAUUAAUAAAUUUCAUCCCACCAGAUGGAGAAUUUGAAUUAAUGAGAUAUAGAGCAUCAGAAAACAUCAACUUACCUUUCAAAUUAACUCCAAUGAUUACAGAAACUGGAUUAUCCAAAUAUGAAUUCAGAUUAAAUUUAAAAUCAUUAUUCCCAAGCAAAUUAUCAGCUACAGAUGUUGUUGUAAAAAUUCCAACUCCUCCAUCAACUAUUGAUGUUUCAUUUGGUUCUUCAGGUGGUAAAACUAAAUUUUCCACUCAAGAUGGAGCCAUUUUUUGGAAAUUUAACAAGUUUUCAGGAUUAACAGAACACUCAUUAACUGCAAAUAUAACAGUUGCAUCUAAAUCCUCAUCAUCAUCAACAACAAUGAACUCCAAUUCAAGACCUCCAAUAACUCUUGAUUUUGAACUAUUAAUGUUUAGUAGUUCAGGUGUUGUUGUAAGAUUCUUGAAAGUUGUUGAAAAAUCCAAUUACUCCACGAUCAAGUGGGUAAGAUAUAUAUCACAAGGAGGGUCUUAUGAAGUUAGAUAUUGA